CUUCUUCUUUUCUUUCUUUCCAAGGGAAAAAGAAGAACUUUCAACGUUGAGAUUCAUUGAAGGAACCACCAGAGCUGUUUUCAGUUAUUUCAAGGUCUUUAUAAUAAGAUCCGCCAUUGCCUUCCCCCCUUUUUCACCCAACGUACACAAUUGCAAAGAGAAAGGCGGAGGUUACGUGGGGGAGAAGAAACGAAAGAGACUCUGUUUACUGUCCAGUUUUUUCAGAUCAGGAAAAAGAUCGCCGGUGUGUGUUUUUGUUUUUGUUUUUUAACUUUCCUUUCCUUUCCAUUUAAGCAUUUCAUCAUGAUGCCGUAUUGAUGUCAUCAAAAGUGACGAUGUUUGAUUCUCUAUCAGCUUUUUUAUAUACUCCGUGCUCGACAAGGAUUCCUCAUCCCAAUACCAAAAUCAUCAUCCAUUGACUAUUGUCACCGCCUGUAUGCUUUAACGGUUCCCUUUUCUGAACUGCCUCUACUGCCAGGAACAGAAGUAUUCAAAGGACCGUUCUGCUUGCUCUCUGAUCAAUGGCGGCCGUGUUGCAAGAAGAAAAGGUAGUGAUUGUUGGAGCUGGUAUAGCUGGGCUAGCAACAUCCUUGGCUCUGCACAGGCUUGGAAUCAAAAGCCUGGUGCUGGAAUCAGCAGCGAGCUUGAGGAUUACUGGGUUUGCGCUGGGAACGUGGACUAACGCCUGGAGAGCUCUGGACGCUCUUGGUUUGGGAGAUAUUCUUCGUCAACAACACCGGCUGCUUGAUGGAGUGGUUGCUGCUUCCACGAUUACAGGAAAGACCACAGCUGAAAUGUCUUUUGCUGGUACCGGACAUGAGAUUCGGUGUGUGCAGAGGAAACUGUUGCUUGAAGCCAUGGAAAGGGAGCUCCCAAAUGGUACUAUAAGGUACUCCUCCAAAGUGACGACUAUGGAGGAAUCGAAGUCGGGCUAUUCCAAGCUGCUGCAUCUUGAUGAUGGUACCAUCAUCAAAACCAAGGUGUUGAUUGGCUGUGAUGGAGUGAAUUCCGUAGUGGCAAAGUGGAUAGGAUUGAACGAGGCAGUAACUUCAUGCAGAUUAGCAAUUAGAGGUACUGCAACGUUCCCAGAAGGCCAUGGCUUUGCCUCCAAGCUCUUCAUGUUUGCUGGAAAUGGCUUUCGAGCUGGCUGUCUCCCUUGCAAUGAUAAAACCAUAUACUGGUUCUUCUCCUGGACACCCUCUAUCCAAGAAAAGGAACUCCAAUAUAACCCUUCUAAGUUGAAGGAGUAUGUGCUGAGCAAACUUCACAAUGCACCCAACCUGAAGAAAGUCGUGGAGAAAACCGAAUUAGAUUGCGUUUUGUCAUCUCCUUUGCGCUACAGAAGCCCAUGGGAGUUUGUGUGGAAGAGCUUAACCAAAGGUGGCGUCUGUGUUGCUGGGGACGCCCUGCAUCCCAUGACGCCUGAUCUUGGGCAAGGUGGCUGUGCUGCCUUGGAAGAUAGUGUCACUCUUGGCAGGUGCCUUGCAGAGGCCUUAAACAAGAACUCUAACGUGGAGAACAACGAAUCAGACGACGAGGAAGAGUGCAGAAGGAUUGAGCUCGGGCUGAGUAAUUAUGCCAAGGAGAGAAGAUGGAGAAGCUUUCAGUUCAUCACUGCAGCUUAUUUGGCUGGCCGUCUGCAACAGAGCCAAGGGACGAUUACAACGUUUCUGAGAGAUCGUGUCUUGGCUAACUUUCUUGCUGGGUUGCUGUUGAAAAUUGCUGCAUUCGACUGUGGGAAGCUUACUAGCAAAUAGCCAUAGUUCUUUCUUCACAUUGUUGUAAGGAGGCAGAAUCUUGUAUCGAAAGCAAAAUUCCAAACCCACACCUCCAUUCUCGCCGGCUUCGAUCUUGGAGUGCGGUGGUGAUUGGAUUUAUCGAAAAUUUCAGAACUUUCUCAGCUUGCAUAGCCCCUUCCGUCCUAGCUUUGCUUUCAUUAUCCGCAUGACAAACUUUUCAGGACUUCUCUCAAGUUCAUCAUCGAAAUUUACAUAUUGGUCCAAUGUCUUUAUGUCACUUAGAUCCAUAAAUCCAAUCACCAAUUCAUUUGAUUCAAAUUCAUGAAUCUUACAAUCCACUAAUUCAAUCCAUGAAUCCAAACCAUACUUCACCUCUACUAGCGGGUCAUAUGCAACUUGGUGAUAGUAAGAUCACAAAAUUUGUUAGAGAUCAUGCAUUGGCCCAGUUUCUUGCUUGGUUUUAGUUGAAGAUGACAGAAUACGGAUGCGGGAAGCCCACUAGCAAUACCUGACUUGAUUUGUAGUCUCUUCUCGUUAAAAUUUUCUAAAUUUUGUGAACCAAUUUGCUUAUAAUUUGAAUGUAGUGGAUUCAUCAAGAAUCUGAUUGAUUGGACAAUUAGAUUAAUUUGUAACCCAAUAAAUUGAGCUUGUUAUCCUUCCUGAAAUCUGAUUAUGCUUAAUCAAAUCUUCUAGUUUGACAUGAUCAAAAUUAGCUGACUAUAACUCGUUUAACCUAUAAUUGUAGACUCGCAAUAAUUUUGAUCAUUUAUC